CUCAAUUUCCGGUUCCGGCAGUAGCGGGAGCCGGGUCGAGAUGGAGGAAGAUGCGAGCGGGGGCAGGCGGUCGUCGGGUAUGGAGGCUAGAGUGGGAGCUGUGGCCUAGGGGUCCGGGCUCGGAGUUCGCCUCAGUCGUGGCGGAACCGCCCUGAUCGGAGGAGGUCUCCAGGCGCCAUGGAGGACAAACGUAACAUCCAGAUCAUCGAGUGGGAACACCUCGACAAGAAGAAGUUCUACGUGUUUGGUGUAGCGAUGACGAUGGUGAUCCGUGUCAGCGUCUACCCGUUCACCCUCAUCCGCACCCGGCUGCAGGUCCAGAAAGGCAAGAGCCUCUACCAGGGGACUUUCGAUGCCUUCGUCAAGAUCCUGCGAGCAGAAGGUGUGACUGGCCUCUACCGGGGGUUCCUGGUCAACACCUUCACCCUCAUCUCUGGCCAGUGCUACGUCACCACGUACGAGCUCACCCGGAAGUUUGUCGCUGACUACAGCCAGAGCAACACAGUCAAGUCGCUGGUGGCCGGCGGCUCGGCCUCCCUUGUGGCCCAGAGCAUCACCGUGCCCAUUGACGUGGUGUCCCAGCACCUGAUGACGCAACGCAAGGGUGAGAGAAUGGGCCGCUUCCAGGUGCGAGGGCGCCCAGAGGGACGAGGGGUGGUCGCCUUUGGCCAAACGAAGGACAUCAUCAGGCAGAUCCUGCGGGCUGAUGGGCUCCGAGGCUUCUACCGAGGCUACGUGGCUUCCCUGCUUACCUACAUCCCAAAUAGUGCCGUCUGGUGGCCCUUCUAUCACUUCUAUGCAGAACAGCUCUCACACCUCUGUCCUAAGGAGUGCCCGCACAUUGUCUUUCAAGCCGUCUCGGGGCCCCUGGCUGCGGCCACCGCUUCCAUCCUCACCAAUCCCAUGGACGUCAUCCGCACGCGAGUGCAGGUUGAAGGCAAGAGCUCCAUCAUCCUGACCUUCAGACAACUGAUGGCAGAAGAGGGGCCUUGGGGCCUCAUGAAGGGCCUCUCAGCCAGAAUCAUCUCAGCCACGCCCUCCACCAUUGUCAUCGUGGUGGGCUACGAGAGCCUCAAGAAACUCAGCCUCCGACCCGAGCUGGUGGACUCAAGACACUGGUAACCCAUGGCGGGGAGUGAACCCCGCUGUUUGCCACACUACUCUGAGGUGAGCGCAGCGUGGGGAGGGCAGCCCCCCCCCCCCCAACGUGUCCCCACCACAUUCGCAGCCCUGUCCUGGGUCAGGGUGGCCUGUCUGGGACAGGGCAGAGACUGAACUGCUCUUGCGGAAGAGGCUCCACACCUGGACCCCCUGCUCCCAUUAUUUUUUAUUUUCUUGCCAAACUGGGCGCCCUUGCUCGGUCCCGGUCCUCAGUCCUGUCCUAAGGAAACCCACCGUCCCCACCAAUCCCACCCCACCCACCCCUGUGAGCCCUUCUUCUGGCUUCCCCUGCCAUCUGUGUCCCUGAGACCCUGACAGGAGCUGUACAUAGAGCUUGCUUACGAUCACUGGUCUUCCUCCUGGGCUUUUAGCCCGGGUUCCACCAGCUGCCGUCAGCCCUUUCCUGCUUCAUCUCGUAGGCUUGCUUGUUUUUACUUUGGGACUGAGCUGCCCACCAGACUGCUCUGCUUUUCCCUGCUGCUGGGGGUGGGGGCACGGUGCCAGGUACUUCUGCACAGGGAGUAGGAGCAGCAAAACCUCUGGUUCUCCAGAGCACUUGUCCUCUCUUUGGAGAGUUAUUAGGUCGGGGACAAAUGUUGAUACUUUGUGUGUGUAUUUUUUUAACAUCUGUGAACUAGAUACUGUCAGUCCUGCUGAAGCGCCAAUCCUGCAGUCAGAGCCCACCCCUUCCUCAGACAGGUGGAACAUGUGGCUUUUCCCUCAAUACCAGUUACUUGUCCCGUCCACGUUCCUUUGGAGCCAGCAGGCCCCGGACAUGCAGGCUCCCCAGGGCCCAGGUGACUAGAGGGGCAGGCCCAGUUCUGAGGACAUGAGUCCAUCUGGGCACGCUGCCCCGCCAGGUGGAGAGGACAGCUGGUCCGGAGCAGCCCAGGCAAGCUCUGGGCCCUCCGCUGUGGGGCUGCCCGCGUCUACACCCCAGUCACUGGGACUCACGGACUCACACGUCUCACAGUGGGAAUCUCCCAAGUCGUGGAACCACUGGUGUUUCUCUUCUCAUCCCAGUCACGGGCCUCCCGAAGGAUGCUUGGGAGAGAGUAAGGAGCGCGUCAAGAGGUCACCCGCACCAGGACCGCUGCACUUACCAGCCCGACACUGCCCAGCCAAUCUGGCCCCCGCCCAGCAUUCCUCCUUCCCCCGCCCCGCUGCCACCAAGCCUGCCGGUGCGGGGUGCGGCGCCCCUAAUGACAGUAGGUGUCCGACCCUGCACUGCACAGGUGUUGCUGGAUGAGCCUUCCCGCUUCUAAUCCAUCCCCCUGGGAAAGGCCGCGGUGCCAACUUGAAAGGUGCUAGCUACCCGAGGCCUUGACACUUCCUACGGCUGUCCCCCUUCUGUCGCCCUGGCCAGAUCUGAGCCAAACCCCGCUUCUCCACCUUCGCCGCCACCGCUGCCCAUGUGGGUCUCAUAUCUUCUUGGAUUAUCCUCCUUCACCUACUUUCGGUUUUGUGUCCCCUCUCCUCCUUUGUCAGGGGUCCCCCAGUGUCUGUCCACUAAUGGUCGCCCCCGUGCACAGGUGACUCUGAACCUCCCGCCCCAAGAGCCACCAACUGGAGAGAGGCCAGGGUCCCUGUCUCCCGCUCUCCCCGCGCCUCAGCCCUACACCUCCUCCCUGGAGGCCCAGCUGUGCUCUGGCCACACGGGCCGUGUGGUGGCAGGAGGCGGUGUGCUGCCCCGCCGCUGUCGGGGAGGUGGGGGUUCGUGCGCUCAGAUCGCUUUCCCCGCGCUCUGUGCCGGACGCCCCCCCCCCCCGCAAUCUGCCCCUCUCUCCAUCGCGCUCGCACUGGCUCGCAGUCCGAAAGGUCGCCAUGCGUCUCCGGACGGGGAGCCCUGGCCCCUGCUCUCCCAUUCAGCACGUCAGGGGCCGGGGGCGGCUUGGGUUACGGAGCGCCCGAGUGGGCAGCGGACCGAAGGCCGCGUCAGCUGGACUUGGGGGUGAGCUGGUCCGUGGCCCGAACUGGAAGGAACGUGGGACACUGGGCGGGUGGGCACGCAGGUGCAGCUGGCAUUGGUAGACUGGACUCCUGUGAACAUUAGCGGCGGACAUUCACUGUUGCACUGUACGAAGUCUCUGACGUGUAAUUAAACGUUUUUAUUGAGCCCCUGA